AUGCAUCUUUUGAACAACAUCGGAUGCCGGUUGCUCUUGUAUAGCAUAAACCUCUUCCGAACUCUGAGCAUCAGCUUUACUUUGUUACUGAGCCUCUUUCAAUUUAAUAAGUUGCAAAACUCAACUCCAUCAGGAGGUUACCACUUAUACUUCGGCAUAGGAACAAUAAUAUUGGUGGAUGGCUUUGGCGCAUUUGCCAUCGUGACCAUGAACGUGCUUAUUUUGAAGAUACUUUGGAAACACCAUGAAAUGGUUGCAGCCAGAGGGUGGGUUCACAACGCCAACCACAUGGCCACCCUUAACGCUGUGAAAAUUGUCGCAUGCUUGCUCAUCACUUACAUAAUUUGCUGGAGUAUCAAUAUUAUUAUACGAAUAUUGCUCAUGCGUUUCGGUGCAUCUCUAUCAGCCAUCCCGAUGGCAGACAUCGCAUCAGUAUUUUCUUCACUAUACUACUCAUUCAGUCCGUUUAUAAUUAUCUUCGGUCGUUCCUCAAUACAGAAGAAGAUUCACAACAUACUUAUUCGAUGUCCUUUUAUCAGAAAGUAUACCUCUGAAGUAAGUGAAGUAAGUAUAAAAGGACACGAUCAAAGAAACCAAAACCUCACCAAAGCAACUGAAAUUCAGCUUGAGUAGACUUAUUUGUAAAUAACAUGUUGUGUGAAUCAUAACAAAACGCGGUGUAUAAUUUGUGAGUGUAGUGGAUAACAACAAAGGGUGAACCACAAAUAAUUUUUUUUCUACUUCAGUAUAUUUUGUUAAUGCAUUAUGGAAAGCCUGAAGAACGUGCGUGGGGAUCUACAAACCUUGCUCCAAAAAACGUAAUCCACUGUGGACCUUUUUAGACUUAACGUCACUGCCAGAUAUCACGCAAGUCGAAGAACAUUGUUAUUCUUGAAGGAAUAUAUUACGAUAACAACUCACGAAGAUUACUGAGAUAAUUAGGAACUGGAUUGAGUAAUAGACAAUUUAGAGGUCAACCAAUCGUGAGCCCAGGAUUGAUUGACAAAAGUGUGUCUAUUAUUGUACUCUCAAUCAGAUGAUAAAAACUAAAAUUUAAAUACAAUUUUCCCUGCUUUUUAGAAUGUGGAGGGGCAUUUGAUUCAGUGAAAAUUGGUGCAUUCAUCCAAGGCUCUCAAAGCCAAUGCCUUAAAGGAAUUUUAUAUAAAUCACCAAAACCAUUAAUAAAGUCGAACUGCGACUUUCAAAAUCUUUAUUAACAGCGACAGAUUGCAUAAAGGCCUUUUCAAAAUACAAUUCAGAAGAGGAGUCAGACAAGAUCAUCAUCAUCAUCUACUAUCAAUACACUGCUGGAUACAGGCCUCCCCAAGCACAAAUCCAUACAGCUGAUGUCAUCUCUCCAUCUCCAUUGUGGGCAUCUUCACCAGGGUGUAUUCACUCAUCGGGCUGCCACUCCAUCAUUAGUCUCGAGCACUGGACAUGGUCACUUGAUGAAACUGCGGGGAUAUGUUAGAAGGCCUUAAUAGAGAGGCUGCACAUGUAGGUUUAGGAUAAAGUUCACGAAACACUUGAAAAUAUCUGUCAGAGGGACACUAUUAGAAAAAAAUAACAGCAUAUGCAUAACUAGGACAGAUAUUAAAAUCAGAUCAGAAUAAAAAUGAUGCAAGGACACAAACAAGAGGGGACGGGAGUGCUUUUGGCAAGCUGAACUUGAUCGUGAAAAGCAACAUAAAAAAUUAAACUAAUCAGUGCAUAGUACCUGCUGGAUCGGAAACACGAACAUUAGCAAAGGAAAUGGAACAACGACUAUCAGUGCAAAGAAACAUGAAUAGAAGAAUGCUUGGAAUUACACUGAGAGGGAAAGAGGAACACAUGGAUUAGAGAACACAAGCAAGUUAAAAAGAUAACUCAACCGAGGAGAUGGAGUGAUGAAAUCAGAUCAUGUGCAGGUGUUGGGCGAAAUGUUACAUCACCGGAUUGCGGGAGAUGGAAGUGGCUUGGUGCAGCCUUCAUUCAUUAACGGAUUGAUCAUGACGAAUGAUGAUGAUGAGGAUUGGUUAAGAUUGUUUUCAGGUUUAAAAAUUUUACUUUGAGGUAUACUCCUUUUUAUGUGUUCAGGCUUAUGAUCUUCAGUGUUUAUUUAAAAAAAUCCUUCAUGUGUUUCCUUUCAUCACUAGUUUUUUUUUAUUCCCACUUUCUUUGUGUUUUGGGAACACCACCCAAAGAUGAUUGCACACUCAGCUCUCAUCCUGAAA